AUGAAGCUCGCUCUAGCAGUUAUCACGUUAAUUACUCCCACACAUUGUUUCACAAUUCCCCUUCUUCUUGGAGGUCUAAGCAUCGACAAAACACCAGCUGGAGAAGUUGUUGUUGGCAUUCAAAGUGCAGUCAAUGCGCAUGGCAGUGGAUACGAUAAACGUACUGAAUUUGUGGUUGGAAAUGGGAAUUUCAGAAUAAACGAUGAAGCUAGUGUGUUGGCGAACGGGAAAAGGACUGUGCCAAAAUCUUCAUUUGGGAUUGGCAAAGAUGGUUUCAAA